AUGGGUGACGCAGCAAUGGCAGUCAAAGGAUCGAUAGAAUCCGAGGUGUUGCUCGACACCGGACACACGGGCCCCGUCACGGACGCCGCAGUGGACGCGGCUGGCAAGCGCGUGGCGGCGUGUGGCGAGGAUGGCACCAUUCGCAUCUUCGCUCUGGACAGAGAGCGGACCAGCAGGUGGAGUCUGCUGGUCGUGCUGGAGGGCCACACGGGGCCCGUUGUGAGUGUGUCGUGGGCGCCGCCUCCGCUCUACUUCUCGGCACUCCUCUCAUGUGGCGAGGACUGCCAGGUGGUUCUGUGGAGCGACCUUGGCCCAGCUGAGGGGUGGGCGAAGGUGUACGCCACAACACUCGCGUCGGCGCCGUGGUGUGCCGCGUGGGCGCCAGCGGAGUACGGUAAAAUAUUCGCCGUCGGCUGCGCGAGCGGGGCCGUCAUGGUAUUUGCCGGGCGCGAUCAGCAGUGGAGCCACACAGAGCUCUCUGCGCACCCGAGCGCCUGCUGCUCGCUGUCGUGGGCGCCGUCCUUGCCCCCGGGCACACUGCUUACAGUGCCGUUGGAAAGCGAGCUGCGCGGAGGCUCGUCGUCGCCGCCUCCGCCAGGCGGCAUGCCGCUAGCUCCGCCACGUAUCGUCACCUGCGGGGGCGAACGGUGCGUGAAAGUGUGGACGCUCUGCGGUGAGGAAUGGAAGCCGCAGGAACUGCCUGUUGACGUGGAUGCGUCGUGGCGUGUAGUGGCGUGGUCUCCCAGCAUGGGGGUGCCGUUUACAUACAUCGCGGCCGGCUCCGACGAGGGUUUUGUGGUGGUGUGGUCUCAGGACGGGCCGGCGCGGGGCGAGUGGAACCGUAUGGUGCUGCCGCAGCAGGAGUUUGGCGUGACGAAGCUCUCCUGGUCACUCGUAGGAACGUUUUUACUGGUGUCGUGCGCGAAUGGGACGGCCAACAUGUGGCAGGAGUCAGCAUCUUCGCGAGGGUGGGAGCGCGCCUGUGUGGUGGCUCCCCCCAUGGGCUAA